AUGUUCCUCACCAACGGCGCCUAUGCCUCCGCCGUCAUCUUCUCUAUAUGGCUCCGCCCGCCGUCGUUCCCGCGCUCCGCCGACCCUGACGACGAGCUUGCGCUGGCAGACUUCCCCGACGUGCGUGUCCGGUAUGUGGACUUCCUGAACGUGGUCCUCAACGAGGACUACGGCACCGACCGGUCCGACCCCGUGGUGGCGUACCUGUGCCGGAUGGUCAGCCUCCACCUCCGACACUCGAGCGGCCUCGUCAUCAAUACCUCCGAAGAGAUCGAGCCGAAAGGUCUUCACCUCAUCGUGAAGCUCUCCGGGCUGCCGACUUUCGCUGUCGGUCCCGUCAUCGGCGUCGGCGGCCGAACAGCUACAGAUGACACCGCGCCGGACCAAGACAUGUGCAUCAAGUUCUUGGACUCCAAGCCGCAGGCGUCCGUCCUGUACGUGUCGUUCGGGUCGCAGAGCUCGAUCCCGGCGUCGCAGAUGAUGGAGCUGGCGCGGGGGCUGGAGGCCAGCGGGCGUCCGUUCAUCUGGGUGGUGCGUCCACCGGUGGAGUCCGACGGGGCCAAGGGGUUCCGCGCUGAGUGGCUCCCCGACGACUUCGAGGAGAGGGUCGCGACCGCGGGGCAGGGCGUGGUGGUGCGCGGGUGGGCGCCGCAGAUGCGCAUCCUGGCGCACGCGUCCACGGGCGCGUUCCUGAGCCACUGCGGGUGGAACUCGGUGCUGGAGAGCCUGUGGCACGGCGUGCCGGUGGUGGGCUGGCCGCUCAUCGGGGACCAGCUGUUCGACUCCCGCGUGCUGGUGGAGCUCGGCGUCGGCGUGGAGGUGGCGUCCGGGAGGUGUUUCGGCGGGCUGGGCAGCAAGGGGUCGGAGCGCGUUAGGGACGUCGUGGAGACGGUGCUCGGGGACGGCGACAAGGCCAAGGACAUGCGUCGGAAGGCUGCCGAGAUGAAGACGCUGGCGCGCGCGGCUGUCGGAGCCGCAGACGGAGACGGCAAGGGCAAGGGCUCGUCCGUGCUCGCCAUGGAGCGCCUCGUCGAUAGCGCCUUCGACUGA